UAUUGAAAAUUAUACCAAAUACUUUUGUAUCGAAAAGAAUCGUUUAACAUUGUUAUCACCUUGUAUAAGCCGUAUAUAAAGAUGAGCUGGAUGCUGAUGUUCUAUUCUUUGAAGGACCGCCGUGAAAGUUUAGUAGACCUUAAAAUUUCGUUUAAGUUCUAUUCAUAAGUGCAUACAUAUGUACAAAUAUUUGCAAAUAUUUGAGAAGACUCUAUGUGUAUGUAAUUAAUUAAUUAUCAAAAAUAUUUUUUUCUUCGAAAAAAGAAAAAUGUGAUUUAUUGAUAAUCUUUAAUGGGAAAUCAGGAAGAAAUCUAAGAAGUAUAUCUCUGGUGCAAAUUUCAUUACACAACGCUGAUUUUAUAGUUCCCUAAACAUGCAGUCGCAGUUUUCAAAAAGCGUUACCGACAAGAUCGUGAUUUUGUGUUGUUUUCUGAAGCUGAUCAUCGCUGGUGUCCUACAACAAAGAUUUCCUUGUGCGCCAAUCGAUGCAAUCUCCGCGAGUGGGGCAGCAGUGCCAGUGGCGUGCGCCCUUAAAUCAAUCGGAGGCAAAGUAGAACCAAUACUUCCGACUUAUGUGAAAGUUUCCACUCCGAUCUCGUACAGACCAUUGCCGAAGACGUCAUCAUUGGUAUACGUUGCGCCACCGAUUUUUAAAACGGCGUCUGCUGUUGUCGCGACCGAUACAAAAAAUGAAAAAGAAGCAGAAUUCACGGCUCAUCCAAGAUACUCGUUUAAUUAUGGCGUCCUGGAUGGAUAUACCGGCGAUUCUAAGUCAGCGUGGGAAGAGAGAGACGGUGACACGGUAAAGGGUGAAUAUUCUGUGGUAGAAGCGGAUGGUUCAAUUCGAACAGUCACUUACACGGCUGAUGAUCAUAAUGGCUUCAACGCAGUCGUAACCAGAAACGAACCCCCAAAGAACGUGAAAAAAGAUAGUAAUUUGAAAGCAUUUCUACCGGUAACCGUUAUUUCCAGUCCUCAUUAAAGGUAAAUCGAAUGUUCUGCGAAUAAAAAUUUGUAUCUAGUUUUUAUCCUGCUGUGUUAUCCUGCUGCUAACGAGAAACAAUACUUUAAAAUACUUGAGAAAAAUUCAUGUUGAAAAUUAUUGUUUUUUUUUCUUUGUUCGAUACAAAGGCAUUUAAAAAAGAACCCGAAAGUAACGGAUAAAAUGAUAAAAAUUUUCCAACGAGUAAUGUAUAUACAUUUUAUCUAAAUUGUACUAAAACGAUAUUUUAUACUUGAUUUGAUAAGGAUAAAAUUUCGAAGCGUUCAUUUCCUUUGUUUAAUUCUACUUAAUUACGAUGGAAUAUUCUUAAUAUUUGCAAAUAUUCUGAAUGUAUAAAAAGGAAGAAAAAUAUAAUAAAUGGUAAUGAAAAUGGACGUUUCAAGACUUAAAAAGUAAAAAUAUAGAAAAAUACUUCGUUGUAUAAGAAUUUAUAAAUAAAUAAUUAAUUAAUAAACGAACAUAGAAAUUUGUAAUUUUACAAAUAAGAAUAUAUAGCGUUGAUUAAUUAAAAUUAUAAAAAAAAAUGUGUCGAAAAAA